UUAACAGAUUAAUCAAAUUAAAUUAGAGACUAACCAUGUUUAGUUCCAUUUCCACUGCUUUUCGUUUUCAAUUAUUGCACAAACCUAAACAAUGGUCGAUUCAAUCACCAUUUCACACUCCGAUCACCCCAUGUCGCCGGCGUCGUUAGCUCCGCCGCAAUAGCACCGCCGUCUCUUCCUCCGAUUCCGAUCAUUUCCUUCAACAAUCCAUGGAAUCAUCCGGCGGUGGCGACCGGUUUUCGAAUCCAAACGCGAACGCAUCAUCGUUCACCUUCACCACCGCACCUUCCGGUUCGGGUCUCUCCAAGCCCCGAUUCGUCAAGGUCCGCAAGCACAACAAUGCCGCAUUCGUCCACGGAUCCAACAACAACAAGCCUCUCGCACCUUCCACCUUCGACAAGGGAACAAUCAUCGCUGAUCGGUUAAGGAAUCUCAACAUCGGAAACGAGGGUUUCAGCGGCGGCGAGUUUGGUUCUUCCCGCGUUGACGACGGCAGCUUAGAGAAGCUUCUUCCGGAACAGAUGAGCAGGUUGAAGGUUGCAACGGAUGAUGGAGGACGAGGUUUCAAUUUUCACGUUGAGUCGGAGCUCGGGAACGAGUUGGAGAAGAAGCUGAGCAUUAGAGAAGCUGAGAAGAUUGGAGGAGGUAGCAAUGCGGUUGCUGAGAACGCUGCAAAUGCAGUUAUCAACCAAAUGAAGAAUUUUAAUGUGAAUGUGAAUGAGAUGAAGAGUGAAGUUGAUGAGGUGACAUUGGGAAUGAACAAGUUUAACCUGAAGAAUGAGGGUAAUGCAAGUGGAGGUGGUGGUGGUGGUGAUGAAGUUGCUUCAGAGAAUCUCAAAGAAGGCAUUGGAAUGUCGAAAACUGCCGCGUCUGCAUCAGCAUCAUUCUCUGGUGGUGGAGGUUUUCAACCUGAUGGGGUGGCCAAGAGCGACGGAUUUGUCUUCACGGGAAAAUCGGAUACUUCUUCAGGGUCAUCUUUUGUUGAGUUUAAGAUACCUGCACCGAAAUUCGGCAAAGAAGGAAAACUAAAGGAAAAAAGUAGUAGUAGAUUGAAUAAAAAUAGAGUAAAACUGAAGCAUGGUACCUCAGCCUCAGCUCAACCAUGGCAUGGACAGGGUAUUGCUUUUAAGGGGAGUGUUUCACAAGAAGACUCGCAAGGUUCUUUAGAGGGUUCUCCGAUGGAGGUGUCUCCGUAUCAGGAAAAACUGGCUGAAAAUCGAAUGUCAAGGGAAAAUUCUGUGGCAUCCAAUGAGUCGUGUAGUGUUGAUAACAACUCUACUGCUAAUGAUUCAUUUAUUGCUGAUAACAACUCUAUGGCUGCUAAUGAUACAUUACCAAGUCCAACAACUUCUAAUGAUCCCAUUGACGAAGAUCUAAUUGAGGCAACAGAGCACAUGAACAUAAAUGGUAGUGACGUUGCACGCGCAGCAACAAAGAAGGAAAGUUCGGAGUAUCAUGCUAGUGAAAAUAUUUGUGUUGGAGACUCAAAAGAUGAGUCUAUUUCUGGGGUUGAAACGGAAAGCUUCAAGUCUGCUAAUGAUGAAGUGGAUAUAACUAGUGAUACGGCGGGUACAUCAGCUGAAACUGAUGCCCAUGAUAGUUAUAGAACAUUGCAUCUCGGUGGUGCUUUUAGUUCAAGAAAUGCAUGUGGUUCUGCCUUCACAUUUGGUGCUUCUUAUUCAGCUGAACCUCAAGUGGCUAGCCCAAAACGCCUUAAUAAAAAGAAAAAUUGGGUAAAUGUUGGUCAUGAUUCUCACAUCUACGCACCAAAUGUAAAGGUUCCUUAUUCAUCAUCAUCUGUGGCGUUUUCUGGAACACCUUUUAUCUCAUCGGGGCAAGGUCUAAAAGCCAAAGUAUCUUCUCCUCGACCAAAAACAAGGGAUUCUGAUGUGAGUGAGGAGCAGGGAACAAAGGAGGCUUAUGCUUCUGUUUCAGCUGCAACUGUUGUUGCUGAGGAAGCCUGUGAAAAGUGGCGGCUUCGAGGGAACCAAGCCUACAAGAACGGGGAUUUGUCUAUGGCUGAGAAUUAUUACAAACAAGGACUUGCUUGUGUAUCGAAAAAAGAAGCAUCCCGGAGCAGUCUCAGGGCUUUGCUGCUAUGUUACAGCAACCUUGCUGCCACACGCAUGUCUCUUGGCAGGAUGAGGGAUGCGCUAGAAGAUUGUAUGAUGGCUGCUGAAAUAGAUCCAAAUUUCCUCAGGGUGCAACUUAGAGCUGCAAAUUGUUGCCUUGCUCUGGGAGAAAUGGAAGGUGCAUCGCAUUAUUUCAAAAUGUGCUUGCAAUCAGGAGCUGAUGUUUGUGUAGAUCGAAAAAUCGCUGUGGAAGCCUCCGAUGGCUUACAAAAGGCACAGAAAGUAUCAGAUUUCAUCAAUCAUUCUGCUGAGCUUUUACAAAGAAGAACAUCCUCUGAUGCAGAGAAAGCAUUAGAACAUAUUAAUGAGGCGUUGAUGAUGAGUAAAUACUCCGAAAAUUUGCUUGAAAUGAAAGCAAAGGCUCUUUUAAUGCUGUGUAGAUAUGAGGAGGUGAUUCAGCUGUGUCACGAGACACUUGAUUCUGCUGAGAAGAAUGCUUGUCCACCGGAUGCUGGUUUACAAGUCACAGAUCUGAAUAAGUCACAACUUUCAAAAGGCUUCUACUUCAGAAUAUGGCGGUGCUCAAUGAUGCUUAAAUCCUACUUUCACCUAGGAAAACUUGAAGAAGGUCUUUCUUUGCUGGAACAACAAGAGGAAAAGCUUUGGUACUAUCCCUGCAGGAGUGGAAGCAAGGUUUUGGAUUCACUCAUACCGUUAGCUGCCACUGUACGUGAGCUCUUGCAUCACAAGACUGCAGGGAAUGAAGCAUUUCAGGCUGGCAGGCAUGCAGAAGCUGUUGAACACUAUACAUCUGCUUUAUCUUGUAAUGUGGAAUCCCGUCCAUUCGCAGCUGUCUGUUAUUGCAAUCGUGCCGCAGCAUAUAAAGUAUUAGGUCAAAUAACCGAGGCCAUUGCAGAUUGCAGUCUGGCUAUAGCUCUUGAUGGAAAUUAUUUGAAGGCACUUUCUAGACGUGCAAGUCUGUAUGAGAUGAUCAGAUAUUACGACCAAGCAGCCAAUGAUCUUAGAAGACUUGUCUCUCUUCUCAAUAAAGGGAUGGAGGAUAAUGCCAGUCAGCUUGGAAUAUCUGAUAGAUCAAGUAGUUAUACUAAUGAUUUGAAACAAUAUCGUAUUCGGCUUUCUGAAAUAGAGGAGGAAGCUAGAAAGGAGAUCCCGCUUGAUAUGUACCUUAUUUUGGGAGUUGAACCAUCUGUUUCAGCAUCUGAAAUAAAAAAGGCCUAUCGGAAAGCUGCACUAAGACAUCAUCCGGACAAGGCUGGCCAGUCUUUGACUAGAAGUGACAGUGGAGAUGAUCGGAUAUGGAAGGUUAUUACUGAAGAAGUACAUAGAGAUGCUGAUAGGGUUUUCAAAAUAAUUGGGGAGGCAUAUGCUGUCCUGUCUGACCCUUCCAAGAGGGCACGAUAUGAUGCUGAAGAGGAAAUGAGGAAUUCCCAAAAGAGACGCCAUGGGGCUAGAAAUAAUGCGGAUACCCAAUUUGAUCAAAGCAGUAGGAGACAGUGGAGAGAGGUUUAUAGAUCAUACGGUAAUUCAUAUUAUCGAGGUUCUGAACCUGGUCGAUCAAGCAGGUAGUAAGGAAAUCUGGGUGGAAUGCUUAUCCGGUUAGGAUCUGGACUGCAGUUUGGCUCAUUGAGUGUGGCCUAGUUAGGUUGUGCCUUUUAAUUUAUCUGCUGCAUCUUCUUUGCUUGCCAAAUUCAUGCAUUAUGGUAAGUUUGGCGCUGAAUUUAUUCAGCUGCAUGCGGCUUCAAUAUUUGGAUCAGCUUUACUAUCCUCUAAAUUAAUUCUGAAAUUCAAAAGCCACUCACAGAAUUUUCUCCACAGAAUUGAUUCUGGCUUUAGAACCAGAAAGUUUCCAAACAUGUACUUGGUUAUAAUUCUGCAAUGGAGAUGACAUAGCAGAUGGAGAAGCUAAGCUGGUCAAUGCGCUGGCUUGUUUUGGGAGCUAGAAAUUUUCUUUUGGCAAGAUUAAGACAAACAUAGUUUCAUUCUAUGAGCAUCGUUUUAUGCCGGUCGCCAUGAAAUUUGGGCAAGGAGUUGGUGUUUUGGCUUGGCUGAUAGGUAUGGCUGAUAGGUAUCCAAGCACAUGAAAUUGAGCUUGAAAUUUUUGCAUUAUGGUUGAGUGAGGUCUGAUUUUUUUAGGUGUAAAUUUUAUAGACACUUACCAGAUAUUGAGAUGUACAGAAAUUAAAUUGUCAUACCAUGUUGAAAAUUGUAAUUACCAAAACAGCAUAUGAAGUUGGGAUAUGUGGGAAGGAGUACAUUCUCCCCAGUGAUACUGGAGUAAAUGAAUUCUCUGUUCCACUUGUGGUAAAACUAAUCCAACCUUUCUCCUCGGGGAAAAAAUGGACAAAGGUUAGCACUCACGAUAAUUUAAAAACUCUAAUGUCGCGUUAUGUAAACUUAGUUGGUCAUGUUAAUA